AUGAAGGACAAUUGUUUCACAUGCUCGUACCUCUGGAGCCUCGUCCAGGAGCACCUCGAGGAAUUGGACCCCUCACCCGAAAGUCCACAUGCAUCCGCGAGGGAAAUUCCAGUCAGUCGAGUCAAGUUCCGCCGCGACGAGGAGAUGACUCUUCAGAUGAUAUGGUCAACAGGCAAAAAAUCGAUCCAUGCACGCUUCACAGCUUUCCCAGUCGGAGAUCCUGCCUCCGCCAUGAGUCGAAAGGUAGACGUUAGCACUUUCUCAACGAGUGCGCAACCCGGCCUUUGGCGUCAAUGGUUGCGGACCUGCAUGGAGUCCCAUGAGAAGUGUAGACAAAAGCAGGCACAGUUACAACCUUUCAUGCCCGACCGGCUGAUUGAAGUAUGGGAAGGCAAAACUAGCAAUGAAUAUGCGUGGAGGCUGGUCAGGGGCGCUGACCUUGGCUCGGUGCCUUAUCUGACAUUCAGUCACUGCUGGGGUACGGCACAACCGGUACAGCUUAUGAAAGGGGACAACACAUACUGCCAUUUCCACCCUGCGACCUUUCUACCUAAAACCUAUCAAGAUGCCUUUUCUAUAACACUCACGCUAGGUUUCCGGUAUCUUUGGAUUGACUCCCUGUGUAUUGUGCAAGAUGAUGAGCUGGACUGGUUUUUCCAGUCCAGUGUGAUGGGGUUUAUCUAUGAGAAUUCUGCUUGCAAUAUUGCAGCAACUUGGGCAAGAGAUGGCUCGGAAGGUUGCUUCAUCAGAAGAGAGCCAUCGUCUAUCAAUUCACCAAUUAUUAAGCUCCCGUCCCAAGGAAGACAAUUGGUUGAUCACCAUAUCCUGGCAAUAGACAGUUACUUGGAUGACGUGACGAGCGCGCCAUUGAACAGCAGGGGUUGGGUCACUCAAGAACGUUUCUUAUCACGGAGGCAAUUCAACUUCAGCCGCAAAGAAGUUUACUGGGAGUGUGAUGAAUUGAUUGCUUCUGAGCAUUUUCCGAAGGGAGUUCCAGACGAGCUCUGGGAUCUGACAACCCUGAAUCAAGACACCACACCUGGGGGACACCAUAGUUUGGAUUUCGAUGACGAGUCAAAGCUGCGUCAGGCCUGGUCGGCACUGGUCGGCCAAUAUUCUGACUGCGAGUUUUCACGGAACUCCGAUAAGUUUAUUGCUCUGGCCGGACUAGCCAAUAAAAUGCGCGAUGCUACGGGUGACGAGUAUGUCGCUGGACUCUGGAGGAAGGACCUCCACAGGCAGCUAUGCUGGGUACCGGACAUCGACUCCCGGUUCAGAGUUGACCGGUUUACAGCAACGGCAUACGCAGCACCAACGUGGUCGUGGGCAAAGGCAGAGGGUCCUGUGAUGUAUGACCUAAGGUACACUGCACGAAAAGAAGACUCGCUCUCACUUGCCGAAGUAACUGAUUUGAUUAUCCAGUCGGAUGAUCGGCUCAACACUCACAGUUUCGUCUCUUGUAAGCUGUGCCUUCGAGGCAUUGCUGUCUGGGCUCGUGUUGAUCCAGCGGGAGACCGAACUAAAAUGGAAAACUCUUCCAACUACACACUUUCCUCGCUGAGCCAGGCUGGUGGCUCGGCGGCAGCAUGUUUGAUUGGGCCAGAGUUGACGAUAGAAUGGGAUGAAAACUGCUCUCUUGAAAACAUUGGUACAAGCCGAGGGCAGUUUAUUUUGGCCCGUCAACAGGAGAAACUAUUAUUUAUGCUAAUUUAUAUCGAUGACGGACCCCACGUCUUUGGUUUGGUGCUGAGAAAGUUACCCAGUCGUUAA